AUGUGUGCGCAGCAUUGCGGUAUUACGAGAGACACCGCCGCGAACACUGGCCUAGAUGUGGUGGAGGUGUUCAAAAUGUUCCACGCCCAUAUGGAAGCCGUCAUUGCGCAACCCUCGUCGUACAAAUUCAGGUCCAUGGGGCGCAACGAGAAGAACAAUUUCCGUCAACAGAAGUUCGAAGGCGCCCUUUUGCAGCAAGAGACAGAAGCUUCUGUGGCGGGUGGGGAGGAUGCUGGCAAAAAAUCCGGGCAAGCUGAUGGGGGUUACGCUGGCGGGUCGAUGGACAAUCCCCAAGGUGGCAAGGGGAAGCCGCGGGAGGUGCUUGAGGGGAGCAAGGGGAAGCUGAAUGAGACGUGUGACGGGAGCAAGGGGAAGUCAAAGGAGGCGUCUAAGGGGAGCAAUGGGAAGUCAAAGGAGGUGUUUGAGGGGGAUGAGUGGAAGAAGGAGAAGCGGAAGUUGGGGGAGAAGCUGGAUGAGGAGAGGAACGAGACGAAGCAUUGUCAAGAAGAUCUCCCGCUGUUGAUCCGGGGCCGUCGAGUGGACACAACGCUGAUGAGAGGCCGAGCGUGGUAG